GCUUUUGCUUUUUGCAAGGAAGGGCAGUUCAUUCAUGGCUCCAGGGAAAACAACUAGGAAAACUAUCCGGCCCCAGCUGGAUCGUCAAUUUCUCCACCGAUUCCUAAAGAUCCAAACAGUUUUAUUUCCUACCUUCACCUCUAAGAAUGUGCUGAUGUUUCUAACCUUACUUGUAGUUGCUUUGUUGACUCAACUGAUCAUUUACCAGGUGGGACUGAUUCCCAGUCAAUAUUUCUCAGUUCUGGGAAGGAAAGAUCUUCAUGAGUUCAAUAGGGUGACAGCAGUUGCUCUGAUUCUCAUUGUACUCAACUCUUUGCUGAAGAGUUUAGACCAGUUUAUCUGCAAUCUAAUGUAUGUCAGCUGGAGAAAGACUCUCACUGAAUACCUCCAUGGCUACUACUUUCAGGGCCAGGAGUAUUAUACUCUGAAUGUUCUACACGAGGAAAUUGAUAAUCCAGACCAGAGAAUCAGUCAAGAUGUAGAAAGAUUCUGCAAACAGCUGAGCUCCAUGGCCAGUAAGGUGAUCAUCUCGCCCUUCACCCUUGCUUAUUACACCUAUCAAUGUUUUUACAGCACUGGUUGGCUGGGUCCUCUAAGCAUCUUUGGCUAUUUUAUCAUUGGGACUAUUGUUAACAAGUUCCUAAUGAGUCCCAUUAUUUCAAAAUUGGUGCACCAGGAAAAGCUUGAAGGUGAUUUCAGGUUUAAGCAUAUGCAACUGCGGGUGAAUGCUGAAUCUGUUGCUUUCUACAGAGCUGGGGAAGUUGAACACAUGCGAACCAACUACAAGCUUCAAAAUCUUUUAAAGACACAAAGGGAACUGAUGGGAAAGGAACUAUGGCUAUACAUUGGGAUCAAUACCUUUGACUAUUUGGGCAGCAUCCUGAGCUACGUGAUGAUUGCCAUUCCUAUAUUUAGUGGAGUAUACAAUGAUCUGAAUCCCACAGAACUGAGCUCCUUAGUUAGCAAGAAUGCCUUUGUCUCCAUUUACUUGAUUCACUGUUUCAGUCUCCUAAUUGAUCUCUCUACCACAUUGUCCGACGUAGCUGGCUACACGCACAGAAUUGGGGAGUUGCAGGAAGUAUUGCUGAACCUUUCCAAGAAGCAAAGUCAUAGUGAAUCACAAGACAAAUGGGACUUCGACAGCAUUUCUAAAGAGAAGAGGACCUCAAAAGACACUGCUUUUGUUCUGGAGCAUGUUUCCCUUGCUGCUCCUUCCAGGAACCUGCUUGUCAAGGACCUAAACCUGAGAGUUACACAAGGGAACAAUCUCCUGAUUACUGGGAAUACAGGCACAGGAAAGACAUCUUUGUUGCGUAUUCUCGGAGGCCUGUGGAAGUGCAAGCAGGGGGAAGUCCACAUGCUGACUUCCUUUGGCCCCCAUGGAGUGGUGAUCAUACCUCAGCGUCCUUUUUUCACAGAUGGAACACUGCGGGAACAGAUUAUAUACCCUCUAAAGGAAAUCUGUCCAGAUUCUGGGUCUAUAGAUGAUGACAGGAUACUCAGGUUCCUGGAGCUGGCUGGACUGUCAGACUUGUUAGUGAGAACAGGAGGUUUGGACCAGCCUGUGGACUGGAACUGGUUUGAUAUUCUUUCACCAGGUGAGAUGCAAAGGCUGUCUUUUGCUCGCUUGUUCUACUUACAACCCCAGUAUGCAGUGCUAGAUGAAGCUACGAGUGCAUUGACAGAAGAUGUAGAGAAUGAGAUGUAUAGAAUCUGCAUCCAACUGGGAAUGACUCUGGUCAGUGUCGGACAUCGUAAAAGUCUGGAAAAGUUCCAUAGCUGGAUUUUGAAACUGUAUGGAGAAGGAAAAUGGGAGCUAACAAGAAUUGAGAAAGCCUGAACUAUUCCCAAACCAAUCAAAGAAAAUAUUGGAGUUAAAGCCUCGAGUUAAAGUGCCUUGGAAUCAGCAUGCUUUCAUGGAGAAAGUAUGGCUUGAAAUUUCAAAAUUACAAGUGCCAAGAAGUUUCCAAUUAAGAAAAAAACAUGGGGAGGAAAGUUUUUAACCAUUUCUUAUCUUAUAAAUUUGCUUUCAAUCCAUUGUUUUGAUUGCUGUACAACCUUUCAUCCAGAAAGGAAAGAAUAAUUUUGCUUCAUUUAUGGAAUUCAUUUUUAAGUGUGACUGGCAUUAAAGUUCUGCAUAAGUGGAAUUAUGUUGGCCUAUCUACAUAAGGACAGUGAAUGUAGCACAGCGUCUUUGGCUGUAAAAUAACAAUGAGUUUUGUAAAAUGUCAGCACCACUCGGUAA